AGUUAAACCCGCACAAGGAUUCAGCAGUUUCGCAUUGCAGUAGCAUCAACAGAUGUGCAUACAUGCGUGGGUGAAUUGGGAAUCCCCACUAUCCUUCAUAAUCCAUACCGAUCCCCAUUUCCUACAUCGUCGAUUAGUGCACUUCAGCUAGUUGAGUUGUUCCAUCAAGUGAGUGCGGCGAAGCCUUCGGCCGUAGAAUCCCCGAUCCAUGAAAAGGAAAGGGAGUCGGCCGUAAGUAUAGAAGAAUUUCCUGAAGAGGUCGGAGACAGUUAAUCAGGAGGGCUUCUGCCAUUUUGAUAAAUACAAUCAAGACCUAAGUGAGUGAGCUUUGAGGGAACAAAGAACGGGCAGUCGCCUAACGACCGUUGGUCGUCGAACUCGGCCAAAGAUUUCUUUCGUUGUAACGAGUAGAUAACCAACUGACAUAAAUUUAUCAAUCUACGACGCUGGGUUAAACCUAGCUCAAUUUCAGCCUUGAAAAUGAAAGUAACAAAGUGCUGCAGUGUUAGUUUUAUUUUUGCCGUAUUAUGCUUGCACGUGUUUCAAUCGGCUAAUGGAGUAGUAUUGAUGAACCUGGGCGAUAUUACGGAUGUUAUACAAUUCGGUAAGGAAAUAACGAUCGAUGUACUGGAAUCCUGGGACUUAUUCGCACGGGAUGGACCCGAAGAUAAUUACGGUGGUGAAUAUUACCCGUUUAUGAAACGCAACGAGAAAAGAUUGAUGAAAAAAAUAUCGGCGCUAUCAACAAAAAUAGAAUUGUUUGAGUACAAUUCAAACCUACGAAUUACCGCAGCAUUUGAAAACGUCAUCCGACAACUCGAUCGACAAACUGACUUGAGCAAUCAUUUGACCGAAUUGAAUCAACAGAUUUCCCGCGUCUCUAGGAGUUAUCAAGAUUUCAAGCGAUACGCAAAUUCCACCGAUAAAUGGGAGCAAUUUACUCUACAAGAAUUUGUCAUUUGGUGUGUAUCACCUGGAGAUGGGAUUCCAAAUGUAUUAGAAAGAAUUCACGAUCUCAUAGUUCCAGACAAAAAUGGUUUUGGAAAUAAAAACCUUCUCGAACUUCUCGCUAAUAGUUUGAAGGAAGCCUCGGGGUCAAUUUGCAACGACAAACAAUCGCCGCAACAAUUGCUCUACAAUCUGUACAACAGCAUAGCAGUGACUGAGAUAAAAGGAUAUGCAAUGAUACAGUUCUCCUGGCUACUUCUGAGGCUGUACAAACAAGGAAAUUUCACCGAAGAAGCUGAGCUAACAAAAACCAAAUAUGAAACAAGAAUGAGCGAAACCGUAAAGGCGGUUCAGACGGCGAUGGCCUUUGCUUCCCAGGACUUGUGGAAAUGCGACCCGACCUAUCCAACGCCGGAAACAUACACGGAAUUGACCUCGUUUUUGCAAUCUUACGUUGUUAACGAAGUGGACUUGAACUCUGAGAACACGUGCCGUGAAAACUGCGGAUACUACAAUUACGCGAAAGUGCACAGCUGCUUCAAGAACCAGUAUUGUUCGAAACAGAAGAGAUGUAACGGGAAGUUGUACAACUGCCAGUACAUUGAUUCAGAUAUGUGGAUAUGCCCAGCGGAAGAGAAUAGUGGACGGAGGUAUAACUACAUAGAAUAUGAGAAUGGCCGAGUAUUUGGGCAGAAAGGAACAUGCUCUCGUGGAACAACUAAAGUAGACAGUUGGUGGAGAUGGCUGUUUUGGCAUUGCAGCUACUGCGUUUGUUUUUGCGAUGAUCACAGUCACGAUUCCGACAGAUAUUUCAAUUUGCGUGAAGUGGUCGCAGACAUCGAGUCAAACAAAGUAAUAACAGGAAUCAAAUUUGUGAAAGUUAACCAAGUGAUCCACCUCCAAAUCGAACAAGGAGAAUUAUUACAGAGAGGAAGGAUCAGUAAUGUCACGGAGUGGAAGCCAGUGGAUGAGUACAAUGUCCUUGAUGCUGAUCUAAAGGAGGGUUUGGACUACUUGACACUAUCUUGGGACCAAAGAGCCAUCGAUUUAGAUGAUCUUACAGCUGCGCCAGGAUAUUUAUUAACAGGAAUCAGAUUCAGGAGUUUGGGUUCUCACCUAAAUCUGGAGAUUAUGAGCACUCCGUUCAACUUUACAACUGGAGUUCUUGUAAAGCCACUAGAGAAAAGCGUGUGGCAUGGAAACGACAACACGGAUGCCUCGAAACCAAAUCCAAGAACGGUUCUUGAAUUGAACAAACCUGACAGAUCAACGCGUUCCGAACUUCAAUCACUGCCUGACUCGAAAUCGGACCAAUACGUGUUAUUCAGUCCAUCAGAUUUAGACAAAGAUGCUGCACAAAGCACGGUUCCUUUCAUAGAUACACAAGCUGUCACUCCCUACCCGAGAACUCCUAUCGCUGGAGCUGGUAUUUAUCACAAGGGCAGAUCUGGAUUUGGAGGAUACAUCGCUCCAAAACUUAGAACCUACAAUUUUGCACCACAUCUGCACGUCGACCAUACCCUAUCCCGACCGAUAAUAAGAAUUGGCGAAAAUUUAAUUGGAAAGCCCAUGAUCAACUGAUCAAAUAUACUUUGUAGUUCAUAUCGUAUUAUUAGUGACAAUAUUUUGCUAUCAAAGCUAUUUUCGACGAUGUGGAAUAUUUUUUUAUAAUUACUGGGGCGUUACUCUCCGUUGAAGUUGUAAGAUUUACUUCUAUUCAAUAUGUCAAUAAUUUAGUCACCAUUCAAAGUUUACCUGUGAUUGGUUAUAAUAUACCUUAUCUAAGCUCUGGACAACGUGUGCUGAGAUUAAACUUUUUGUAUUAUCCAAAAUGAUCUACUUUGUAAAGAUUGUAAACUGUAUUUCAUAAGAAUAAAUAACCGUUGUUUCUAGCCAA